GAAGAAGACAUGCCUUAAGCUCGGCUAGGACGGUCAUAAGGACCCAGUCUGCUCCUAUAGGCUCUUCCCUCAUCACUUAACGGUCCCAUAGAUACAUACCAAUCACUUGCACCCCUUGUGUAUGUGUCUCUGUCAAAGCCUCUAUCUCUCUUGCCAUAAUUAUCCUCAAGAUGAUGAUGGUGUUCAGGUAUCCCAUACCUCUAUCACUCACCAAACGGCGUAAACCUAGACUGAUUAAUGCAUCAAAAGAUCAGGACUUUCUUAAACUAUAAUAUACAUGUUGGAAACCAAUAAUAGAGCUACAAAUUACAAACCUCUCAACUGGAUAAAGAUCACCAGUUUCAUACUUGUCUCCACCCUCAAAGCGGUCUCUGUAGCUAUAUCCAUGUAGCGGUCACGCUCCAGCUCACCAAUCUCUAUAGCAUCUCGGUGUCCAUGGAACUUUUCAACUAGUUGAGGGACCAUGGCGUCCACACUUAAAUGCACUCAUCUAAAGCAGCUCCUCCUCCAUGGCUUCCCUUUCCUCGGGAUGGAUAGCCUCCCCUGUAAUGAAGAUGGUCUACAUCAACAUCAUCUCCCCCACCCUUGGGCUCAGCCUUGUUCACCGAUAUCACCCUAUCACCUAACUCCCUCAUCAGCUCCUCGGCGAUAACUGCAUGCAAUAAACCCAAAACCACGUGGACGGCCAGUGUCUUUCCCCACCAUGAUCUACAAUUACACAAGAGCAAUAUUACAUGCACAUGCAUGUAGCUUUUCUGUGCUUGCAUCACUUUGAAUCAGAUGUUACAUAAGAGUUAAGAAACAAGCUGACAUAUUACAUUACUAUCUCUUAUAUAUAGCAUGUUGAAGAAGUGGCAAAACAGAAAAUUUCCAAGAAAAGAGAAGACAAUAAGACUUGGGAACAUUCCUUACACAAAACUAAACCUGGACUAUGUAUUUCUGAUGCAUACAAAGCUUCAUAAAAGCAUCGAAAUAUUAUUUUUAUAUGCUCGAUAUACGCUUUCAAUACGUACCCCUUCUUAAUUUUUUUUUUUAAAAUAUCGCUUCUAGGCUGAUUCUGAUCCUGAGGAGUCAGAAGAAUCCGAAGAGGAAGUUUCUGAGGAAGGUGAUGAAUCCCCAGGUUUGCUUGCUUUCUUAUCUCUUUGUGUUACUCUCUACUCGAUGAGAAAUGUUUUCAGAAGUUAGCAAAGGUAAGUGACACAACCUUGGCUUGAGUUGCUCUUAUAGCUGAUGUUGAUGAUGAUGAGCCAUCGGAAGAGGAGGACGAGCACUAUAUUCUAGGCUGUAUGAUUAAAUGCCAAUCGGGUUACGAAUGCAGAUACUGUCCUUUCAUGACUUGUCCGAAUGAGAGAACAAUGCGAGCACAUGUCUCAUGAAGGGUAAAGUUGUUUGCUUUUAUCAUUAUAUAUGCAUCGGAUUUGAAACGUGAGGUAUUAUAGUAUAUUAAGCAUGAUGAUUGUUUUUGAUGAUGUGGCUCUUACUUCAGAGGCACGCUCGUUUGGAGAGAAUAAUGAAAGGAGAAAGCCCUGGACGCGAUGAUGUUGAUUAUGAUGAAGAUGGCUAUGAUCUAGAGACCCCACCAUCUCAGGUUUUCUUUUUUUGACAUUUCGAGAAAAAUGACGAAUGUGUUCUUAUGGUGAGUCUUAACCAAAAGUUCUUGCAAUAUCAUAAAAUGUAGGAGAAGCAGGGAAUAAAGGAAAGCUCGGAAUUGAUGAUGAUCCAGAAACGCCAUCCCAGGUUUGGUUCUUUGACUUCUUCAGAUGAGUCCUAACCAAAUUCUUUAAAUGUUUUUAUAUGGAACAUCCAGGACGGAGAAAAGUCAGAUGAUUCAACGCAAAACUCUAGGAAGAAAAUGCGUCAAACUAAGGAUUGAAACCAGUAUGAGAGGCCUGAAAGAUUCUUCUUCUUCUUUUUUUUUUUUUUUUUCACUUAGGAAAAUCGAUGGACUGAUGGAUGAUUUUGAAUGUUGAUUUAAUUGAGAUGUUUGAGUUAUACAAUUCUUGUGUUUUUGUUUUGUGCAGUUUAUAAUAACAGAGGACCAUGAGGGAAGUUUUGAUUGUACCUUCUCCAUUGUUGAAUACAUUGACUCUAAUCCUAUCUUGUUUAUAGAUCUUAACAUACAAUAACGUAGCAAAACCUACUUGAACGAUCUAGAGGAUAAAACAAAACAAAACAAAACAAAACAUAAUAAUAGUCUAUAGAUGAGUGCGUUACUUCUUUUUUGGGCGGCAAAAGUGACUCUUUCCCGCUCAUCUGCGACCGUUUAAGCUUUUCUAGUCCUUAUUACAGUGUUAGUGUGAAGCAAGACAAACUUUCCCUCUCUCAAGACACACACAUUCUUUGAAGUUUCAAUGGCGACAGAGUACGAACGCAAAAGACUGGAGAACAUUAGACGGAACGAUGAGAUGAUGGCUUCUCUCAACGUCCACGCCAAAGCUUCUCUCCUCUCCGCCUCAACCAAACGCUCCCGAGACCACCCUAAAUCACUCAAGAAGCAGCAGCAGAAGAAGAAGGAAUCCGAAGCCCCCAUUGUAAAACGACAGUCUCUACGCACCAGAGGCUUAACCCCAGAUUCCGAUGGCUUACCCCACGGUGUUUCAGAGUGUCCGAAAGGUCUCCCUUUUCCCCAAUACGUAUCUCUUCGUGUAUUAGCUCCUCUUCCUCUAGAUGAUGGAGAUGGCUCCCAUUCUCAGUUCGUUGAUACUCUUUCCGGUAUUACCAGAAAACCCAACGGAGAAACUUCAACGGUUACCGAGAAUGAUGAUGAUAGUUUUGAUCUUGGAUCCUUGUGUUUAGAACCACAUGAUGUAAAACGUGUUGUGCCUGAGAGAGUUCUGGUUGUAAAGUUCUUACCUUGCGAGGGUGUUAAGCUGGUUGCUGCAGGAGACAAGGAUGGGAACGUUGGCUUUUGGAAUCUUGAUUGUCAGAACGAGGAAGAGGAUGGUGGUGUAUCUCUCUUCAAGCCUCACACUUAUUCAGUUACAUCUCUUGUCUUUCAACAAAACUCUUUCUCAAAGGUUAUUACCAGCAGCUACGAUGGUCUAAUCAGGUUGAUGGAUGUUGAAAAGAUGGUUUUUGAUCGGACAAAAAUCUCUUAUAGACCAAAUGGUCAAAAAAAAAUCUAG